AUGGCUGUCGCAUUUCUGAGCACUUCCUGCAGGCUGUCGAAGAGAGCCUUCUCGGCAGCGGCGACCGGCACCUCUCUACCCAAGUCCUGGUAUAAUAUCCAGGCAGACUUGCCGGUGCCUCUGGCGCCACCUUUGCAUCCGGGAGAGCUGCGACCCUGUACGCCUGACGACUUUGCUCCCCUCUUCCCUGCAUCCCUCAUUGAGCAGGAGGUUUCUUCGGAGAGGUACUUGGAGAUCCCUGCAGAAGUGAGGGAGGUCCUCAACCUGUGGCGUCCAACACCGUUGAGACGAGCAUCCCGGUGGGAAAAGCUCCUGGGGCUACCUGGGAAUGUCAAGAUCUUUUACAAGUACGAAGGUGGGUCACCUUCCGGAUCCCACAAGACCAACACGGCCGUCCCACAGGUCUACUACAACAAGCUGGCCGGCACAAAGAAGAUAACCACAGAGACAGGAGCUGGGCAAUGGGGUUCUGCAUUGGCCUGGUCUGGAGGUCAGUUUGAUUUGCCCAUUGAGGUCUACCAGGUCAAGGUUUCCUACGAGCAGAAGCCUUACCGGAAGGCCUUCAUCGAAGCCUGCGGCGCAGAGAUCUUCCCAUCACCGUCCACGAAGACUGCUGUGGGCAGUAAGGCCCUAGAGGAAGACCCAACGUGUCCCGGAUCCUUGGGAAUUGCCAUCUCGGAGGCUAUCGAGGCUUGUGUCUCCUCAGAAGAUGCCAAGUAUGCUUUGGGCUCGGUCUUAUCCCACGUACUGAUGCACCAGACGGUCAUUGGCCAAGAGGCCAUUGAGCAGCUCGCAGGCUUUGGGGAAUAUCCGGAUGUGGUUGUUGGCUGCACCGGUGGCGGCAGCAACUUUGCAGGGAUUGCUUUCCCUUUCCUUGGUGAGAAGCUGCGGUCUGAAGCUGCCAAGCCAGAAAUCCGAUUCCUUGCCGUGGAGCCGGCAGCGUGUCCCUCUCUCACUCGGGGAGCCUACGCCUAUGACUUUGGGGAUACGGCCAAGCUGACCCCACUAUUGAAGGCUCACACGCUCGGUUCUAGCUUCAUGCCCCCCUCCGUGCAUUCUGGCGGACUCAGAUACCAUGCCAUGGCGCCCCUCAUCUCCCACCUGAAGGAGCUGGGCACGAUUGAGGCGCAAGCUGUGCAACAGACAGCAGCCUUUGACGCGGGAUCCUCCUUCUUCCGAGCUGAGGGAAUUCUGCCUGCUCCAGAAGCGACGCAUGCCAUUGAAGGUGCUCUUCAAGAAGCAAAGGCAGCAGCUGCUGCUGGCAAGUCUCGCGUGAUUCUCUUCAACAUGUGUGGUCACGGGCAUUUCGACAUGUUCGCCUGGGAAAAGUAUGCGAAGGGGCAAAUUGAAGACUUUGUCUUCCCGGAGGAACAACUGAAGGAAGCACUGAAGCACGUUCCUGGACUGAACGGCGUGAACUUUCCGCAGCCGCCGUGA